UCUGUUUCACCCCAGGAAACAGAGCGUUUCACUCAGAGGUAACUCUCCACUGGGUGAGGCGCAGCCUGUCACCUGACCAGCUCCAGAGCUGCCAGUGGCAUUCCUAGAAUUCUUGAACCCGGCACCGCAAUGAACAACUUCAGGUUCACUGAGCUGAGUAGAUUCCACUCCCUGUGCCCUUGGAGUCCGCUGCCCGAGUCUCCCACCCAGUCUCAAAAUAGACCGUUGAGUAGCAGCAAGUGCGCCUUUGAGGAGUAGCACGCAGAGCGUGUCAAAGAAGACCUCAAAGUCUGGAGAAAAAUGACCUUUCAAGGAAUACGAAGUCUAUGUCCUGCUACAUGUUUUUGUCUCACUAGCCUCUGGUGACUGAGACACAUGGUCCUGGGCCUGCAGACAGUCCAUUGAUUAUCAGACCCCUCAGCAUGCAUCAGCUCUUCAGACUGGUCUUGGGACAAAAAGAUCUUUCGCGAGCCGGCGACCUCUUCUCCUUAGAUGACUCUGAGAUUGAAGACAGCCUGACAGAAGCCUUGGAGCAAAUUAAAAUCAUUAGCUCAUCUUCAGAUUACCAAACCAAUAACAAUGACCAAGCAGUGGUUGAAAUCUGUAUCACACGAAUCACAACAGCCAUCAGAGAAACAGAGUCGAUUGAAAAGCAUGCAAAGGCCCUUGUGGGGCUCUGGGACUCCUGCCUGGAACACAACCUGAGACCGUCCGGGAAAGACGAAGACACUCCCCACGCAAAAAUCGCGUCUGAUAUCAUGAGUUGCAUUUUACAGAAUUACAACCGGCCCCCUGUGAUGGCAUUAGCCAUCCCUAUUGCAGUGAAAUUCCUCCACAGAGGCAACAAGGAACUGUGCAGGAAUAUGUCCAACUACCUGUCCCUGGCUGCAAUUACCAAGGCAGACCUCCUAGCCGAUCACACAGAGGUUAUAGUAAAGAGCAUACUCCAAGGUAAUGCCAUGUUGUUGAGGGUGUUACCUGCUGUGUACGAUAAGCAGCCUCAGCCAAUUAACAGACACCUGACAGAACUCCUAGCCUUGAUGUCUCAGCUGGAACAACCAGAACAGUACCAUCUUUUACGGCUUUUGCAUGUAGCUGCAAAGAGGAAGCAACCGGAGGUGGUUCAGAAGUGUAUUCCUUUCCUAAUCGGGCAUUUGAAGGAUUCGACCCAUAACGACGUCAUCCUAAGCAUCCUCAUAGAGAUAGCAGGCUAUGAGCCAGUGGCUUUGAACAGUUUUCUUCCAAUGCUGAAAGAGAUUGCUGAGAGAUUCCCCUACCUCAUUGGACAAAUGGCGAGAAUCUAUGGAGCUGUUGGGCAUGUGGAUGAAGAGAGAGCCAGGAGCUGCUUGCCGUUCCUGGUGAGUCAGCUGGCCAGCAUGGAGCACUCGUUUCACCAUAUUCUCCUCUUGGAGAUUAAGAGCAUCACGGACACCUUCUCCUCCAUCCUGGGCCCUCAGAGCAGAGACAUCUUCCGCAUGAGCAACAGCUUCACUGCCAUUGCCAAGCUCCUUACGCGACAACUGGAAACCACCAAGGCCAGAAGUGACAGGAGAAAACCCAGCACUGAAAUCGAAUUUCUUGAGAAGCUGGAAGAAGCCAGCCUCACUGUUGAUGACAAUGAAGAUCAUGAAAAGCUCCAGGUUAAAAUACAGGCUUUUGAAGAGAAAAUAAAUGCUGAGGGCAACACCCCUGGCUCAAUCAGAAGAUAUAGUUUGGACCAAAUUUCUAAGGAGGAAAGAAAAGACAUUAGAUUUAAUAGGUCAAAGAGUUUGGCUUUGCACACCGCGCUAACGAAUGACUUGAGUUCAGAGGAUGGGGAAGUUGUAGAGAGUGGAGAUACGCCAGCCAGCAUCUCUCUUUCAGAAAUAGACCCACUUGGCCAAGGACAUGACAGGUCGCCCUUUAAGGGAGACACUGAUGGAUCACAACUGGUAAAUUCUUCAGUUUCACACCCAAAUAUUAUACAUAUAGAAUCUGAGAAUUUGCCAGAAACAGUUAAAGAAAACUAUCAGGAAGAAACUCCAGAUACAACCUCAAGGCCUGUAGAAUACCAUGAUAAGCUCUACUUGCACUUAAAGGAAAACCUCAGUAAAGUGAAAGCAUAUGCUGUGGAAAUGGGAAAGAAGAUUCCAGUCCCUGACCAGUGUACCAUUGAAGAUUCUGUUAGAAGUUGUGUAGCAAAGCUGUUCUUCACUUGCUCCCUAAAGGGUCAUUAUUGCCUCUACAGUAAAUCCAGUUUUAUUCUCAUCAGCCAAGAACCUCAGCCGUGGAUCCAGAUCAUGUUCCUAUUUCAGCAGAGCCUGUUUCCUGAGCCCCUGUCUAUACAGAGCCGUUCUGUGCAAUUUCUCAGAGCUCUGUGGGAGAAGACCCAGGCAGAGGGUGCUCACAGCUUUGAAACAGCCAUGAUGGAGUCCACAUUCCCACAGCAGAAGGAUCUGGACCAGGUACAGCUGCAUCUGGAAGAAGUGAGGUUCUUUGACGUGUUUGGCUUCAGCGAAGCAGCAGGAGCGUGGCAAUGCUUCAUGUGCAACAACCCUGAGAAAGCAACUGUUGUAAAUCAAGAUGGCCAGCCUCUCAUAGAAGGAAAACUUAAAGAGAAGCAAGUCAGAUGGAAGUUCAUCAAAAGGUGGAAAACACGCUAUUUUACACUGGCUGGAAAUCAACUUCUGUUUCAAAAAGGAAAGUCUAAAGAUGAUCCUGAUGACUCACCAAUAGAACUCAGCAAAGUACAGAGUGUGAAAGUUGUGGCCAAGAAACGCAGGGACCGCUCUCUCCCUCGGGCUUUCGAAAUCUUCACAGACAAUAAAAGCUAUGUUUUCAAGGCCAAGGAUGAGAAGAAUGCAGAAGAGUGGCUCCAGUGCAUCAAUGUGGCAGUUGCCCAAGCAAAAGAGAGGGAAAGUAGGGAAGUAACCACAUAUCUGUAGGGAUUUGCAAGCCGACCUCACACCAGUUGUAUACAAUGGGCAUUGCACUGUCAUUGCCAAUGUCAGGAAAAAGAGAUAAAUUCACCAUGUCAUGCUGUUUUUUAUUAAAUACCAAUGGAGCAGUUUUCCCCAAGAAUCGGGACCUAAAAGUGGCAAGAUCCUGAGUACAUUUCAGAUCCAUAUGGCAUUUGCAUUAACUCCAGAACAGCUGUGUGAGGCAUAUGGGAAAAGGAGCUACAGAUGGUAUGAAGCCAGAAAGGGGACAGUAGGGAUCUAGAAACUUCCAUAGACAUGUUAUUGUACAUUGUAAGAAAACAACUUUAAAAGAUACCUGAACUACCUAUCCUAAGGGAAGAUUACGUACUUCUGAUGAAAAAUAAUCUGUCAAAAGUAUUAAAAGAAGGGGCUUCCCUGGUGGCGCAGUGGUUGAGAGUCCGCCUGCCGAUGCAGGGGACACGGGUUCGAGUCCCGGUCCGGGAAGAUCCCACAUGCCGCGGAGCGGCUGGGCCCGUGAGCCAUGGCCCCUGAGCCUGUGCGUCCGAAGCCUGUGCUCCGCAACAGGAGAGGCCACAACAGUGAGAGGCCCGCGUACCACCAAAAAAAAAAAAAAAAAAAAGUAUUAAAAGAAAAAAAAACCUACAAGGAAAAGUCAAAUUGAUGAACACUGAGGAAAACCAUAUAACUUACUUACGGAAAUAUAAUUACAUUUAUCCUCUCCUAAUACAAGUGAGGCUAACACUUUGUAAAAUGGUUCUCAAGUUAAGCCAAUUAUGUAAUUAAAUGUCCUUCAAACUCCUUAUUUGAUUAUUCCUUUUAGGUUCAUAUAAUAUGAUCUAAAGUUUAGAUACUUGGAUAUUUCUCCUGCCCAAGGCAGUAAGUGUAAGCCAGGAUAAGCACAGAAAACCAUUUUCCCAUCUUCAAAAUAUGUGUCAUUUCCAUUAAACUUUGAGAUUUUAAAGUUCUAUACGUUUCUUCUUUGUAUUCAACACUUUAAUAUCUCCAAAUUACAAACAUUUAUUGGUUUUUGCCAUUACCCAUAAUUUAAAAAAAAAUUAAGCUGUAGUAGACAGAAUUCUAGAAUGACUUCCAGUGACCCAAACCCUGGUAUAACUUCCUCACCCUGAGUGUGGUGGGACCUAUAACUUGCUUCUAACUAAUAGAAUAUGGCAAAAGGGAUAGGAUAGUCUCUACCAUGAUUAUGUUACAUUACAUGGCAAAGAUGAAGGAAAUUUUCCAGAUAUAAUUAAGGUCCUUAAUCAGCUGACUUUGAGUUAAUUGAGAGGAUAUGAUCCUGGGUGGGCCUGACCUAAUCAGUUGAGCCCUUUGAAAGAGGGUGAGCAAGUCAGAGUCUCUCCCACUGGCCUUGAAUAAGCUGCCACAAGUUCUACAGCUUCAAGGAAAUGAAUUUUGCCACAAUCAGUGAGCCGCUUGGAAGAGGAUCCUGAGCCUCAGAUAAAGCCCAUUCCCAGCCAACACCUUGACAGCAGCUUUGUGAAACCUUGAGCAGAGGACCCAGCUAAGCCAUGCUUGGACUCCUGAUCCAUGGAUACUUUGAGAUAAUAAAC